CCGGCCGCCGUAAGAGGGGUUGGGCUUGGUCUUCUCCCGCCAAUUUAAAGUCGGGCUAGACUAGAAUCUGAAGACCUUAAGGGCGGUUGGCGUCCGAAAGAGCGGCCCUAAAACUGAGUGUUCCGCUUUAGUUUCUCCAGUUGCAGGGAAGGCAGUGAUUCUCGAACCAAAAACAGUCUCGGAAACAUGUGGAAUGAGAUUGAGCUGCUAACAAGUGAUGAUACAGGAAGUGGAUACCUAGGUGUUGGAUCAAGAAAAGAACAUGGAACUGCUUUAUAUCAAGUAGAUUUACUAGCCAAGAUCUCUUCCGAAAAGGCCUCAUUAAAUCCAAAGAUACAAGCAUGCAGCUUAAGUGAUGGGUUUAUCAUUAUAGCCGACCAGUCAGUGAUACUGCUUGACAGUAUUUGUAGAUCGCUUCAGUUGCACCUUAUAUUUGAUACGAAAGUGGAUGUAGUUGGCUUAUGUCAAGAAGGACAGUUCCUAUUGGUUGGGGAGAGGAGUGGCAACUUACAUUUUAUCCAUGUGACAUCCAAGCAGACUUUGCUCACCAACGCUUUUGUUCAGAAAGCUAAUGAUGAAGAUCAGUGUACCUACCGAACUCUUGUUAUUGAGAAAGAUGGUUCAAGUGAAGGUACCUAUUAUAUGCUGCUGCUUACAAACAAUGGAUUUUUUUAUAUUACAAACAUUCAGCUGGUAAAAAUUCAGCAAGCGAUUGAAAAUGCAGACUUCAAUAAAGCAAAAAAGUUACAAGGACAAAUCAAGUCCAGUUUCAUUUCUACUGAAAAGUAUCAUACUCUUGAUUGUCUGAGUCUUGUGGCUGGAGAUUUAGCAAGCAAAAUCCCUAUGAUCAUUGGGGGAACUGGUAAUUGUGCAAUCUCCAAAUGGGAGCCAGAUCCGCUCAAGAAAGAAAUGACAGUUAAGAAUGUUAUUGAUGCAGAGAUUAUUAAAGGUGCAAAGAAGUUCCAGCUGAUAGAUAAUCUGCUCUUUGUUCUUGAUGCUGAUAAUGUGCUGAGCUUAUGGGAUAUUUACACUCUAAUUCCCAUAUGGAACUGGCCCUCUCUUCACGUAGAAGAGUUCCUUCUUACCACCGAAGCAGAUUCGCCUUCUUCAGUCACGCGGCAAGGGAUUACAAAUCUCAAAUUAGUAGCUCUGACAUCUACUAAUAAGAAGAUGAAAAGUUUCAUGGUGUAUUCAUUACCUAUGAUGGAAAUACUGUACUCUUUGGAAGUAUCGGGUGUUUCUUCUCUGGUCCAAACAGGAAUUAGCACAGAUACCAUAUACCUUCUGGAGGGAAUUUGCAAAAAUGAUCCAGAGCUCCCUGAAGACUCCGUCUCUGUCUUAGUACUCAGAUGUCUUACAGAAGCUUUACCAGAAAACAGAUUGAGUCGGUUACUUCACAAACACAAAUUUGCUGAAGCCGAGAGCUUUGCCAUUCAGUUUGGGCUGGAUGUUGAGCUUGUUUACAAGGUAAAAUCAAAUGAUAUAUUGGAGAAACUCGCUUUGAGUUCUGUGGACACCAGUGAGCAGACCGAAUGGCAGACACUUGUCGAUGAGGCUAAGGAGACGCUACGGAAAAUCCAGGACGAUGACUUUGUGGUGAAUUACUGCUUGGAGGCUCAGUGGAUAACCUAUGAAACGACCCAGGAAAUGCUAAAUUAUGCCAAAACCAGGCUUUUGAAAAAAGAAGACAGAACUGUUCUUGUCUAUUCUUAUGGCUUAAAAGAGGUUCUAAGGGCUCAUGAAAAAUUGACUACUUUUUAUGGAGCAUUUGGACCAGAAAAAUUCAGUGGUAGUUCUUGGAUUGAGUUUCUGAAUAAUGAAGAUGACCUUAAGGAUAUUUUUUUGCAGUUACGAGAAGGAAACCUUGUUUGUGCACAGUACCUUUGGCUUAGACAUCGGGCAAAUUUUGAAAGCAGAUUUGAUGUGAAAAUGCUUGAGAACUUGCUCAACUCGAUUUCUACACCAGUCUCCUUGCAAAAGCUCUGUCCCUGGCUUAAAAAUGACGUGAUCCCGUUUGUAAGAAGGAUUGUACCGGAUGGACAGAAAAUUCUUGCAAAAUGGUUGGAGCAAGCAGCCAGGAACCUUGAAUUAACUGAUAAGGCAAACUGGCCAGAAAAUGGACUUCAAUUGGCAGAGGUAUUUUUUACAGCAGAAAAACCGGAUGAGAUGGGAUUGGUGUCCUCCUGGCAUUGGAUUUCCUUGAAGGAUUAUGAAAACACGGAGGAAGUGUGUCAGCUGAGGACCCUGGUAAAUAACUUGCGAGAGUUGAUCACAUUGCACAGGAAAUACAACUGCAACUUGGCCCUCUCUGAUUUUGAGAAGGAGAAUACUACCACCAUUGUGUUCCGAAUGUUCGAUAAAGUGUUGGCGCCAGAACUUAUUCCUUCCAUCUUAGAGAAGUUCAUAAGAGUUUACAUGAGGGAACAUGAUCUGCAAGAGGAGGAGCUCCUUCUCCUGUACAUAGAGGACUUAUUGAAGAGAUGCAGCUCCAAGUCCACAUCACUCUUUGAGACAGCGUGGGAAGCAAAAGCCAUGGCGGUCAUAGGGUGUUUGUCUGACACAGACCUCAUAUUCGACGCUGUGCUUAAGAUAAUGUACGCAGCUGUGGUUCCCUGGAGUGCAGCGGUGGAGCAGCUGGUGAAACAGCACUUGGAAAUGGACCACCCCAAAUGGGAACUUGGGAAAAGGGUGGUCAGAUACAUUCUCAAACAAGAUGUCCCAUCCUCCUUAGAAGACGCUUUGAAGGUGGCCCAAGCCUACAUGUUGCCUCCUGAUGAAAUCUACAGCCUGAGGGUUAUAGACCUGAUAGAUAGAGACCAGGGUGAGGACUGUGUCCUUUUGCUGCGGUCUCUGCCCCCAGAGGAAGCUAAGAAGACUGCAGAAAGGGUCAUUAUAUGGGCACGACUGGCAAUGCAAGAAAAACCAGAUGAUUCUAAAGAGGACAAGGCCUGGAGAAUGUCUGUAGUGAAGACAUCAGUAGACAUUCUUAAAGUACUGUGCGACAUUCAGAAAGACAAUCUGCAGAAGAAGGAUGAGUGUGAAGACAUGUUGAAUCUAUUUAAAACUGUUGCUAGCUUACAGGAGAACUUUGAGGUCUUUCUUGCAUUUGAAGAUUACAGCAAUCACUCCCUGGUAGCAGAGCUCCGUGAACAGUACAUCAAAGCUCAAGAAGUCGCGCAGGCAAAGCACAAACCCAGGGGCACUGCAGAGCCAGCGGCGGCCAAGAAGAGCCUGAGCACCGAGUCCAAGCUGCACCGACAGGCCCUGGCCCUGCAGGUGUCCGAGCAAGAGCUGGAGGCGGAGCUGACCUUGAGGGCCCUGGGCGACGGGAAGGUGGGAACGGCGCUGAAGAAAUGCAGAGACUUGUUUAAGUAUCACUGCAACAUGGACACUGGGAAGCUGCUGUUUCUGACGUGUCAGAAGCUUUGUCAGAUGUUGGCUAAUGACAUUCCGAUGACGGCACCGGUGGGACUAAGCCUUCCUUCCGAAAUACAUGACCUCGCGUGCCAAGCGGCCACCAUCUGCAGUCCAGAUUUCCUCCUAGAUGCUCUGGAACUGUGUAAAUACACGCUAAUGGCGGUCGAGCUUUCCAGACAGUGCCAGAUGGACGACGGGGGGAUCCUGAUGAAAACUUCUUUUGGAACACACAGAGACCCGUAUGAAGAGUGGUCCUACAGCGACUUCUUCAGUGAGGAUGGGAUCGUUCUGGAGUCGCAGAUGGUGCUCCCUGUGAUUUACGAGCUGAUCUCAUCACUGGUCCCUCUAGCUGAAAGCAGGAGACAUCCCCUGGAUUCUACGAGUUUACCAUACUGCUCCGUCAGUGAAGGAGACGGCCUUACUUUUUUACCCUGUAUAAAUUCCAUCUCCGCCCUGCUUCAGAGCCUGCAGGAAUCGAGCCAGUGGGAGCUGGCCCUGAGAUUUGUGGUUCUCUCAUUUGGGACCUGUCUUCAGUACUCUGUGUCAAACUUCAUGGAUGCCAAUUUGAGUGAAAAGCUGUUUGGAGAGGCCAUGUUAGUUAAUUCAAGGAAAGUUAUGGUGGCAUUGAAAGAGAAAGCCAUUACGUUUGUCAGGGGAAAUGCUACAACACUGUUGCACAAAGUAUUCAAUUGUCGCCUGGUGGAUCUCGACUUGGCACUGAGUUACUGCACUCUCUUACCCCAAAAAGACGUGUUUGAAAGUCUCUGGAAGCUCAUCGAUAAAGCAUGGCAGAAUUACGACAAAAUUUUGGCAAUAUCUCUGGUGGGCUCUCAGCUGGCCAGUCUCUAUCACGAAACAGAAAUGGAGCUCAGAUUUCGUGAACUCAGUACUGAUGCCCAGUGGGGUAUUCGCCUUGGUAAACUUGGUAUUUCUUUUCAGCCGGUUUUCAGGCAACAUUUUCUCACCAAGAAAGACCUCAUUAAAGCUCUUGUGCAGAAUACAGAUAUGGACACAAGCCUCCUUCUGGAAUAUUGCAGCACCUUUCAGCUGAACUGUGAUGCAGCUCUUCAGCUGUUCAUUGAAACUCUGCUCCACAACACGAACGCCAGCCACAGCCAGGGGGACGCGAGCUCGGCCUCCACAACGCAGCAGCACGCCAGACUCCUGGCCAAAGCCCUGGAAAUGGUGCCUUUACUGACGAGCACCAAAGACUUGGUCAUCAGUCUUAGUGGGAUCCUCCAUAAGUUGGAUCCCUAUGACUAUGAAAUGGUUGAAGUUGUCCUGAAAGUUAUCGAAAGAGCCGAUGAAAAAAUAACCAACAUUAAUAUUAACCAGGCCUUGAGUCUCCUAAAGCACCUGAAGUCCUACAGGAGAAUUUCCCCCCCGGUGGACCUCGAGUAUCAGUAUAUGUUGGAGCAUGUGAUAACAUUGCCAUCGGCCGCCCAAACCAGACUGCCUUUUCACCUACUGCUUUUUGGCACAGCACAGAACUUCUGGAAAAUCCUCUCUACGGAGCUCAGUGAGGAGUCCUUCCCGACACUGCUGCUCAUUUCCAAGCUGAUGAAGUUUUCUUUGGACACUCUGUAUGUGUCUGUCGCCAAGCAUGUCUUUGAAAAAAAACUGAAGCCAAAACUAGUGAAGUCACCACAAGCGAAGUCCUCAACAUUGAUGAACAAGGAAAUAACCAAGAUUGCUCAGACCAUCGAAUCCUACUUACUGUCGAUAGUCAACCCGGAGUGGGCGGUAGCUAUUGCCUUCAGUCUUGCCCAGGAUAUCCCAGAAGGUUCCUUCAAGAUGUCCACUUUGAAAUUCUGCCUGUAUUUAACCAAGAAAUGGCUACAGAAUAUCCCACCGAAGGAUGAAACGCGUGAGAAAGCCGAGGCUUUGCUGAAGAAGCUCCACAUUCAGUACCGGCGAUCAGGCACAGAGGCCGUGCUCAUAGCCCACAAGCUGAACACGGCGGAGUACCUGCGGGUGAUUGGAAAACCAGCACACCUCAUCGUCAGUCUGUACGAGCAUCCGAGCAUCAACCUCAGAAUUCAGAAUGCCUCUGGCAAGGACUACCCCGAUAUUCACGCAGCAGCUAAAGAAAUAGCCGAAGUCAAUGAAAUUAAUCUGGAAAAAGUGUGGGACAUGUUGCUGAAGAAAUGGCUGUGCCCAUCCAUAAAACCUGGCGAAAACCCAUCAGAAAUAUUUGAACUUCAAGAAGAUGAAGCACUGCGAAGAGUCCUGUAUCUCCUCCAGUCUCGUCCGAUUGAUUAUAGUUCAAGAUUGCUGUUUAUAUUUGCAACAUCAGCUACAACUACACUAGAUAUGGGUCAGUUAACCUUUGCCCACAGAACACGGGCUCUUCAGUGUCUCCUGUAUUUGGCUGACAAGGAAACCAUAGAAUCGCUCUUCAAAAAGCCCAUCGCAGAAGUCAAAUCUUACUUGAAAUGUAUAACUUUCCUGGCUUCUUUUGAGAUGUUGAAUAUCCCCAUCACCUAUGAAUUAUUUUGCAACAGUCCUAAGGAAGGCAUGAUUAAGGGCCUCUGGAAAAACCACAGCCACGAGUCCAUGGCAGUGAGGCUGGUGACUGAGCUUUGUUUAGAAUACAAAAUCUAUGACCUGCAGCUGUGGAACGGACUCCUGCAAAAGCUUCUUGGCUUCAACAUGAUUCCUUAUCUAAGGAAAGUGUUAACAGCCAUUUCUAGCAUCCAUUCUUUGUGGCAGGUGCCCUACUUCAGCAAGGCCUGGCAGCAUGUGGUCCAGGUCCCGCUGCUUUCAGCCUCUUGUCCUUUAAGCCCCAGCCAGUUAUCAGAUUGUUGUGAGAGUCUCAUUGCUAUUCUCGAAUGUCCCGUUUCGGAUGAUCUCGACAUGGUUGGAGUCGCCAGGCAGUACGUCCAGUUAGAGCUUCCAGCUUUUGCGUUAGCCUGUCUCAUGCUCCUGCCCCACUCAGAGAAAAGACACCAGCAUAUCAAGACCUUUCUGAACUCGUGCAGCCCUCAGGUCAUUUUACAGCAGUUGGAGGAGCAUAUGAGUACCGGCCAGCUGGCAGGGUUUUCACAUCAAAUUCAAAAUCUGGUUCUGAAUAAUAUCAGAAAUAAGAAGGAGUUUGGGAUUUUGGCAAAGACAAAAUACUUUCAAGUGUUGAAACUGCACCUGAUAAACACCAACAACAUCACUGACCUGGUAAACUAUUUGGCAAAUGAAGUAAGUAUAGAUGAAGCUUCCGUCUUUAUAAGUGAGUACUCAAAGCACCGUGGGAACCCCGUGCCCGCAGACGCCGCUCCCUGUGAGAUUCUGAAGAUGUUUCUUAAUGGAUCAUAGUCAGUCAUCAAACCUUUCUCAGGAAGAGCCAGAGGAAGUUUGGAGCCCGCUAUCAACUGACCAUAUUUAUUACGGUUGUUAAAAUUGUGCAAUCUCUGUGUUAUAGCUGCUGUCCAAUAUUAUCUGACAAGUGAUGCUAAGACACUUGGUAGUUUGUCCCAUAAAAAAGUUAUAUCCUGAGUUAAUAAAUCUUUUAUUUUCCAAGUUA